UCACAUUGAUUUUUUCACUUAACCGCAAAAAGGUCGUCGUUCAUUCCAUCUUAUAAAAUUAUUCUAAAAAAGUAAAAAUCUCUUUAAUUUUUAUCAGAAAAAAUGCCUGCUAAAGCUGUAUGUGUUAUAAACGGCGAUGCCAAGGGCACUAUAUUUUUUGAACAAAACGAUGAGUGUGCGCCGGUCAAAGUAACUGGAGAGAUAAAUGGAUUAUCUAAGGGAUUACAUGGCUUUCAUGUUCACGAAUUUGGGGACAAUACUAACGGCUGUACUUCUGCCGGUGCGCAUUUUAAUCCUUGCAAAAAAGAGCAUGGAGCACCCACUGAUGAUGAGCGCCAUAUCGGUGAUUUGGGCAAUGUUGAGUCAAAUGGUAGCGGACCUACAAAGGUUAAUAUAAGUGAUAGCCUAAUUUCAUUGUUUGGAGAAAACAGUAUUUUAGGACGCACCUUGGUUGUCCAUGCUGAUCAAGAUGAUUUGGGUAAAGGCGGACACGAGUUGAGCAAGUCAACUGGAAAUGCUGGGGCACGUAUUGGCUGCGGUGUUAUUGGCAUUGCAAAAGUUUAAUUGGAUAUAUUGCAAUCCCAUUCAAUAUCAUUUUUCUUUACGUUUCUUGUUUACGAUGGUCAUAGGGGACCUUCUUUGUGUUUAUAUUCUUCUAAAUAUAUAUAAUCAAUAAAAUAAAUACCUUUUGUGGUGUAUGGAAUAUAAAAAAAAAAAAUAAAAAUUUUG